AUGCGCUUCACAACUCCCACUCUCCUGGCCAGCCUUCUGUCCCCAUCUGUUCUCGCAGCUGCAGUGGCAGGGUGCGCCAAGUGCAAUGAGACAGCCCAUGGCUUUGCAUCUCUCAACGGGGGCACCAAAGGUGGACUGGAUGGCAAAGUUGUGACUGUCACCAGGUACAAGGACCUUGUCACGUUCGCAGCUGCCAACGAGCCUCUCAUCAUUCGCAUCCAAGGCAUAUUAAAGGCCGAUCCAAAGGGCUUCGAGGUUCCGGUCACCAGCGACAAAACCAUCAUCGGAGUUGGGUCAGAUUCGGGUAUCAACGGUGGCGGCUUUGGUAUCAAGAAACAGAGAAAUGUCAUCAUCCGUAACCUUCGUGUGUCUGGGACAUACAACCCGAAAGACUACCCAGGAAAAGGGGAUGAUUUUGACGGGAUCCAGAUUGACAAUUCAACUAACAUCUGGAUUGAUUAUGUUCACUUCUCUCAAAUGGCAGAUGGUCUAAUUGAUCUUCGCGCGGAUACUGAUUAUGUUACUGUUUCGCGCUCCAUCAUUUCCCAGCAUAACAAAGCAUUCGGAAUUGGAUGGACUCAGAAUGUCAUUAGUAAAGUCACCAUCAACGACUGCUUCUUCAACUCAACCAAUGUCCGUGGUCCGUCUGCCGACAAUCUCAAAAUGGGUCAUCUCUACAACAACUACUACCGAAAUAUCACAGGCUAUGGGAUCUACUCCCGGGGUGCCAGUUCACUCUUGGUGGAAAACACCUACUUUGAGGACGCUCACGACCCUAUUGUUGCUGGACCAAAUGGUACUAUUAAGUCGAAUUGGCUUAAGUUUAAGAAUUGUACUGGCGAGACUCACUUGAACGUGAAGCCAGAGAGUGUCUUUAAAGCCACCGAUUAUUAUGCUUACAGCCUGCGCGAUCCAUAUGACAUUCCCAUCGACAUUCCAUACUUCGGUGGACCGCAAACGACAAUUGGAAUCUAA